AUAUAUAUAUAUAUAUCCCAUAAUGCGCAGACAUACCGUUGACAAUGGGAAUUUUGAAAAAUGUCUUGCUUUGAUCGAAGAAGAAUGGUAGGAGAGUGAUAAUUAGCGCGUAUCGGUUGUGUAUAUACACCGCGGCGCCACUGAACUCCAGUGUAGCAACUCAUCUCGUAUUACGAUCGUAUCACGUCGUCGUUUCUUUACUCGUGUCUCGUGAAAGCUUAAUCCUAUCGUAAAAUGCCUCCGAAUUUGGACGAUUGCGUGAAAAUGGCGGAAUAAAAUGGCAGGACGUAGAUCGACUUUAAGCAAUGUCGAAUCCUUGUCGGGAUCAGGAAAUACUGAUCCUUUAAGAGAAUUAUUCGAAGCCUGUAAAACUGGUGAUCUUACGAGAGUUAAGGCGUUGGUUACACCAAAGACAGUUAAUGCACGAGAUACCGCUGGACGCAAGGCCACUCCACUGCACUUUGCAGCUGGCUAUGGGAGAAUAGACGUAGUAGAGUUUCUUCUUUCUGCCGGUGCAUCGAUUCAAGCAAGAGACGAUGGUGGUUUACAUCCACUGCAUAACGCAUGUUCUUUUGGACAUUCCGAUGUUGUAAGAUUGCUUCUUGAAGCAGGAGCUAAUCCUAAUACAAGAGAUAAUUGGAAUUAUACACCUUUGCAUGAAGCUGCCAUUAAGGGUAAGAUAGACGUAUGCAUAGUAUUGUUGCAACAUGGAGCUGAUGCAAAUAUUAGAAAUGCCGAGGGAAAGACUGCAUUGGAAUUGGCAGACGCUGCUACUAAGCCAGUUUUAACAGGAGAAUAUAGAAAGGAUGAACUUUUAGAAGCUGCAAGAUCAGGAAACGAAGAAAGAUUAUUACAGCUUUUAAAUCCACUUAAUGUCAAUUGUCACGCUAGCGACGGACGAAGAUCAACACCUUUGCAUUUAGCAGCUGGAUAUAAUAGAUCUAGAGUUGUACAAAUUCUUCUUCAAAAUGGUGCGGACGUACACGCGAAGGACAAAGGAGGACUUGUUCCCCUUCAUAAUGCUUGUUCUUAUGGACAUUUCGAAGUAACAGAAGCACUUCUUAAACAUGGAGCCGCUGUAAAUGCUAGCGAUUUAUGGGCAUUUACUCCAUUGCAUGAAGCCGCUAGUAAAUCCAGAGCAGAAGUUUGUUCUUUACUUUUAAGCGAAGGUGCAGAUCCAACUCAAUUGAAUUGUCACAGCAAGAGCGCUAUCGAUGUUGCACCUACCGUAGAAUUACAAGAAAGAUUAGCAUACGAAUAUAAAGGCCAUUGUUUAUUGGACGCCUGCAGGCAGGCUGAUCCAACUAAAUUGAAAAAGUAUUUGUCUCAGGAUGUUGUCAAUUUUAAACAUCCAUAUACCGGGGAUACGCCAUUGCAUUGCGCGGUUGCAUCGCCUUAUCCAAAACGAAAACAGAUUAUUGAAAUUUUAAUUAGAAAAAAUGCUGCCAUGAAUGAGAAAAAUAAAGACUUUCUUACGCCUUUACACGUGGCUACUGACCAUUCGCAUUACGAUGCAAUGGAUAUAUUACUUAGGCAUAAUGCUAAAGUAAAUGCAUUAGAUGGCCUAGGACAAACUGCUUUACACAGGUGCGUUAGAGAGGACAAUGUGCAAGCAUGUAGAAUAUUGUUAUCGUACAACAUCGAUCCUUCAAUUGUAUCUCUUCAAGGUUAUACGGCGGCACAAGUUGCCGCGGAAAAUGUUUUAAAAAUAUUACAAGAUCCACCUAGUGGAACCGACGACGCAGAAGCACAGCUUUUAGAAGCUAGUAAAUCCGGCGAUUUGAAUGCUGUAAAAAGAAUUUUACAAACAAAUCCACAUGCCGUAAAUUGUCGCGAUUUAGAUGGCCGACACUCUACACCUCUGCAUUUUGCAGCAGGUUUUAAUAGAGUGCCCGUCGUCGAAUACCUUUUGGCACAUGGUGCGGAUGUACAUGCCAAAGAUAAAGGCGGAUUGGUGCCCCUUCACAAUGCUUGCUCUUAUGGUCAUUACGAAGUAAUAGAAUUAUUAGUAAAACAUGGCGCAUCAGUGAAUGUCGCAGAUUUGUGGAAAUUUACUCCCCUUCAUGAGGCUGCGGCUAAAGGUAAAUGCGAAAUCGUUCGAUUGUUAUUAAGGCACGGCGCAGAUGCAACUAAAAAAAAUAGAGACGGAGCAACUCCUCUUGAUCUAGUAAGAGAAGGGGACCAAGAUGUUGCAGAUUUAUUGUGUGGAAAUAGUGCCCUUUUGGAUGCCGCAAAAAAAGGGAAUCUAGCCAGGGUGCAAAGGCUGGUUACGCAAGAUAACAUCAAUUGCAGAGAUACUCAAGGUCGGAACAGUACGCCUUUACAUUUUGCUGCGGGUUAUAACAACUUAGAGGUAGCAGAAUUUUUGCUAGAAAGAGGAGCGGAUGUAAACGCACAAGAUAAGGGUGGCUUAAUACCUUUACAUAAUGCUUCAAGCUAUGGACAUUUGGAUAUAGCGGCAUUACUUAUUAAAUAUAAUACAAUAGUAAAUGCAACUGACAAAUGGGGCUUUACACCACUCCAUGAGGCUGCACAAAAAGGAAGAACACAAUUGUGUGCUCUUUUAUUAGCACACGGUGCCGAUCCUUUUCUUAAAAAUCAAGAAGGACAAAGUCCAGUAGAUUUAGCGAGUGCGGACGAUGUACGUUGUUUGUUGCAAGAUGCUAUGGCUUCCCAGCAAGUAGUGCCGUCUGUACCAUCGGGUAAUAAUGGCGUUGGUCUUGGGAUUAACAUUAAUGGGAAUGGUGGUAGUACUAUUAAUAGUAGACCACCUAGUAUUGUUGCCGUACCAGUAACUCCACCACCACCGCUUACUCAAGAAACAGUUAUUAUGCCUUCUGGAGCUGCAAUGACUUUAUGCGUUCCGUUAGCUCGGCCAUCGUCUUGUCUAAGCCCAAUGCCACCAUCUGACUCGAAUUCUGAAAGAGAAUCUAAAGAUAUGUGCAAAGAAAAUAAUAGUUCGAACAUUACGACCGUAGCGGGCUUCCUUCAAAGUCUUGGAUUAGAACAUUUACUCGAAUUAUUUGAAAGGGAACGUAUUACGUUGGAUAUAUUGGCGGAAAUGUGUCAUGAAGAUUUGAAACAAGUUGGCGUAACUGCUUAUGGAUAUAGGCAUAAAUUAAUUAAAGGAAUGGAAAAAUUAUUAACCACCGCCACGGGAACACUAUGGCAACCGUCCAUUACUCCUGGUACAUUGUUAGUGGAUUUGUUGACCGAGGAUAAAGAAUUUUUAGCUGUGGAAGAGGAAAUGCAAAGUACCAUUAGACAGCACAGAGAUAAUGGACAUGCCGGUGGUAUAUUUUCACGGUAUAACAUUGUCAGGAUACAAAAGGUUCAAAAUCGGAAAUUGUGGGAACGUUAUGCCCAUAGAAGACAAGAAGUAGCUGAAGAAGUUGGUGCAGCUGCUCCAGCAUCGCCUGGAACAGGUCCUAGAUCCACACCAAGUUCUGCAGUUCCUCAAGCAAAUGAAAGAAUGUUAUUUCAUGGUAGUCCCUUUAUAAAUGCAAUUGUACAGAAAGGUUUCGACGAAAGGCAUGCAUAUAUCGGCGGUAUGUUUGGUGCUGGGAUAUAUUUUGCAGAGCACAGUAGCAAAAGCAAUCAAUAUGUAUAUGGUAUAUGCGGAGGUACUGGGUGUCCUUCUCAUAAGGAUAGAAGCUGUUACAUCUGUCACAGGCAUUUAUUACUUUGUCGAGUUACCCUGGGUAAAUCGUUCCUACAAUUUUCUGCAAUGAAGAUGGCUCAUGCACCGCCUGGUCAUCAUAGUGUAAUGGGUAGACCAUCCCAAGGUGGUUUGGCUUUCCCUGAAUAUGUUGUGUAUAGAGGAGAACAAGCAUACCCUGAAUACUUAAUAACAUACCAAAUUGCAAGACCUCAACAAGAAAGUGGUGGAAGUGAAAGUGUUGAGGAACGGUGAUCAGAAGAGCCAGGCCCUGCAGCAAGAUUACGAAGCUUAUGUUGCUGCCAGAGACCAAGAACACACGGUACCUUGUCUUAGAACUGAUUAUGACUUUAUUCAUUGUAUUCAAAUUUCUUUGAUUGAAUCAACAAAUGUUAUCCAUGAUAACGAUAAUCCAAUUGACUAUAAGAACUGAUACAGGCAUUUAAUUUUCAGUAUAUUUUAAUUAUUAUUAUUAUUAUAUAUAUAUAAACAUACAAAUUCACAUGUGCAUUGAGAAUUUGCAUUAGAACAGAUAUAUUUUCCAACAGUAUUAUAAUUACAAAUUUAUUCCUUAUUUAUAUAUAUGGAUAUCUUUAUGGGGGGGUGGGGGGUGGGGAGUAUUAUAUUUUAGACUAAACAUUUUCAUUCUGAAAAGUAUUUGAAAUAUGAGACAAUAUGAUAAAUAAAUUUUCAACAGAUUGUUUUCUUAAGUAUAUUUUUCUUUAUCAAAUGGUAUGGAAAUAAAUGCAUCAAAAUAAAAAAAUACAUUCAAUAUGCAAUACCUUGUAUAUGGAGGGUGAGAAAGUAUAAAUUACGAUUUUUUAUACACACACACACACAUAUAUAUAUAAUUAGAAAUAUAAUAAAUGUGUUUAUAUAUAUAUAUAUAUAUAUAUAUAUAUAUAUAUAUAUAUAUAUAUAUAUAUAUAUAUAUAUUCGAAAUCAUACAUGUAUUCAUUUUUUUCUUUUUUACUUGUGAAACAGUUUCUCUUAAAAUCUUGCUACUCGAUAUCGAAACUGUAAUUUGAUAUACUCUUCUGGGAUAAAUUAUUAAGAAAUUUCAGUUCCUCUAUUUAUAUGAAAUUAAUUUAUGUAAAAAUGUAUUAUAUAUAUAUACAUAUAUAUAUAUAUGUAUAUAUAUAUAUAUAUAUCUGUUCUCGUGUAUAUAAUUUCUUAGUUCACAUUGUGAAUUAUAAGUAAAAUUCAUUUCAUUUAAUUUUAAAUUUGAGAACUAAAAAAAUAUUGUUUCUCUCUCUUUCUCUCUCUCUCUCUCUCUCUCUCUCUCUCUCAAUCUCUCUCUCAUAAGUAUUAUUAUUUAUUACAUAAUAUUUUUUUUACGAUAUGCAUUUAAUUAACUAUCUAAAAUCGUCGUUUAAACAUCAUCGUAGUCCUUUUAUAACGUACGUUUAUUAAAGAAGAAUAUGAAUAUUUAAAACUCUAAUUUGAAUGAUUGAAAUGAGUUGAUACCUUUACUUUUACUAACACACAACUCUGUAAAUAUAUUAAUCAAUUUUAUUCUAUCCUAUCCUCUUUGGAGAAAGGAUGAAAUAAAUAAGUUUGUUAAGAUGUAGGAGAAAGAGAAGCGUCUUAAAGGGGGGAGGGGAAAAAAAAAGAAAAAAGGAACAAAGAAAAAAAAAAAAAGAAAAGAAACAAAUGAGAGACACAUUAUAAUCCUAGUAAUGGAAUUGAGAUACUUAUAUGUCAAUAUAAUUCUAUUUCAUAGAACACAUGAAAUGAAUCUAUUUAUUGUUUUCUAUAAGAUUCGACUGUCUAUUGCGAAUAACGUAGAUUUAUUUUAAAUUAAUUAAUUGUUUAUAGUUACAAAAAUUCCACUUUACAAUGUGUGAUACCAAUAAUACGAGGAUUAACGAUUAAUUAAUCGGGUUGUGAUCGCGAAGCUUGCUUGAAAUUUCCGCCACUGAAAAAACUUCCUCUGAUCUCACACACAACACAUUGAAAGUUUAUUCGUGUGUAAUACUAUUAUUACUACUAUUACUACUGCUACUACUAUUACUAGUACUACUACUAUUACUAUUAAUACAACUACUACUACUACACUACUACUACUACUACUACUACUACUACUACUACUACUACUACUACUUCUGUACAUAUUUAAGAAGCGUCUGAAAACUGGUGAAAGUCUCUAUAAGUAUAUAUACACAUCAUAUAAAAUAAAAAUAAAAAUAAAAAGUGCAGUUCCAUUGUAAUAUGCAUAAAGAGAAUAAGUUUGCGGGCGCGUACAGACAUGUAUUAUACGUCAAGCAGCAAAUACAUUUUGUUGCAAUUAUGUCAACCAUCGAUAGCUUCCUUUUUAGGUGACGGUGAUAUUUUUAUCUCUACAAAUGUAUAGUAUAUAUAUAAUAUAUACAUAUACACACAUAUAUAUACUAUAUAUAUAUAUAUAUAAGCGUUUGCCAAAUGCGCGAUAAAGCCGGUCCAGUAAAUCCAAUUUUUGUUGUAAUAUUUUAUUUAUAAAUCUUGACUGAUUUAAAAAUAAGCCAAGGAAACAUCGAAAAUACUUGUGUACUAUCAUUUUUAUCUAAUUUCUUUUUAAAAUUAUAAACAACGGAGAAAAAAAUAAAUUUUCUCUUUCCUCAAGGAUUUCCUUUUAGAUAGAAAGAGAAACGCAAUAAUAUUUAUCUCGAUGUUAUGACCAAAAAAAUAAUGACCAAAAAAAAAAAGAGCAAGGAAAAAAGAAAUAGCGUAAACUUUUGAAUAUUUCAUAAACAUUUGAUUUUAAUUCUUAUGGAUUUUGUAUAAAAUAAAACGAAUUUAUUAUAAUCCGUUUCAAAUACAUAAAAGAAAGUACACGAGGAAUGAAAUUUUCAAAAGUUAUGUUAUAAAAGUCAACGUUAAUUAACAAAAUCUAUGAUAUGAAAAAAAUAAUUGUGUAAUUUCUUUUUUGGCUCAAAGUGCUCACCUUUGACAUAUACGUACACACUCACACACACACACACAAAUUAUAUUCUGUAAUAAAAUAAUAAGACCUAUGACUCCUUCCGAAGAUGAAUGAAAUAUUCGAGAGAGAAGUCAACCUUUAUAUAUUAUUAUAAUAAUUUCUUUCUAUAUAUAAUUUCUUUAUAUAUAUGUAUGUAUAUAUAUAUGUAUGUAUAUAUAUAUAUAUAUAUAUAUAUAUAUAUAUAAAUAAUUUCAAGGAAUAAAAUGACACAUCUUACAAUUAUUUUACUCGUUAGAAAUAUUUAUAUAUGGAAUAGUUUGUCAAAAAUGCAAUCACAAACUUACAAAUAAUGUUUUUGUCCAAAUGAUAAAUAUAUUUAUUUUCGUGAGACAUGUAAGAUGUGUUCAAAAGAAAAAUCUCUAUACGUUCAAAAAAAAAAAAAAAAAAAAAAAAAAUAAGAUUAAUUUUUAGAAUUUAUAAGAAAUAGAAAAUAUGAAUUUUCUUGAUUAUAAGCAAUGACGCGUGUAUAAUAAUAAUAAUUAUAUAAAAUUCUCCAUAAUACAGGAGGAUAUUUGUAAUUGGCCAAAAGAAAAAAAAAAAAAAAAGAAAAAAAAAAUAUCCAAAAUUAAGACAGACAAUUGACAAAACAUUUUCAUCGUUUCUUAUAAAGGCCAUGUUGCUUGGCAAUAGUUAAAAUUGUUAAGAGUUAAGCCAUCACCGCCUACGCAUAUUUGAAAAUACAUUUAUACAAUUCAUUUCCUGUCUGUAAAUAACUUCUCGUCAGUAGGUUUUUCUUCUUUUUUAAUCUAUAACUAAGAUUACACUAAUUUUUCUUUUUUUCCUUCGAAUAGGAACGUUCCAAUCGAAUACGAUAAUAAUAGUAAUAAUAAUAAUAAUAAUAAUAAUAAUCAUAAUAAUAAUAAUAAUAAUUGUCGAAUUUAAUAAUCAAAAGAAUUUGAUUGUCACGAUCAAGGACGUUAAUAUUGUAUCGAUGAAUUUGUUAUUAUACAACGAAGAAAAUAUGACUUUUGUAAAUAUUCCGGAGACGUAUAAAUAACGUCGUCGUCUUAUAUUCCUGCGUCGUACCAAUUCGAUAUUAAUACAAAAUAUAUACAACGAUAUUUAUCUAAUUGCGAAUUAAACCUUAUCGGGGCGUUCGAUAAAGGAAAAAAAAAAAAAAAAAAAAAAAAAAGAAGAAGAGGAAAACACGAAAAGAAAAAAAUUAAAAAUACCGCAAUUUUCUAUAUAUCGCACAUCCGAUAUGAUACGAAAUACUUAAUAAAUAUUGCGCCAUUAAAUUCCGUUUAAUACGAUUGGCCGUUUGAAAUUUACAUGCGUUGCAAUUUGAUAAUAAUAUUUUCUUUGAUUAUAUAAAAUUUAUAGACCUUCUUUUUUUUCUUUUUCUUUCUUUUUUUUUUUUUUUUUUUUUUUUUAAAUAGAUUAUAACAUUGUAAGAAAAUUCAAAAGUAAUCGUUAACAAUUUGAUAAUGGUCGCCGAACCGGAUUGACUUUUGCAAGAGGAUCGGACUGGCUUCUAGCUAAGAAAAAUAUAUGCAAAGCCGGUACUUGACUGGUAGUGCAAUACACACGUCUAUACAAUAUAUGUAUAUAUAUAUAUAUACCAUAUAUCUUGCCUAUAUAUUCUGUAAAUACCGGAUUAUCGAUAUGUCGUUCAUGAAAAACAAAGAAAACGCUAUGACAGCUUACAGAAAAUAAUUAUCUUGUUACAUUACAUCGGAAUAAUAUUAAUCGUAUUUUGAAUUGGUAAAUGUUUAUAAUCAAAUUCAAACUGCAUACACAAAAUAUAUGAUGCAAGUAUGACCGACAUAUUAAAAGUAACGAGAUAAGGGUGCACGUAAUUGAUAUCCAACGAGGGACUCACGCAAUAUGCAUUUCUCAUUGGAACUUCUUCGCACCAUGUGUUUGUAGUAUUACCAGAGGGCUACUAGUUACUUAACACACGACAUAUAUAUAUAUAUUUUUUUUUUUUUUUUUUAAUAUUCUUAAAUAUACAUUUAAAAAAUAAAUAGCGGGCAAGUUCCGGAGUGGAUUAACUGGCGGAUAGACGGACAGAAUGUACGGAUUCUAAUGGAAAAUAACACAGGAUAAAGAAAAAACAUUAAGAGGUAAAGAGUUAUUGUAAAAAAGCACAUUUCGUUUGUUCGUUCCUUUUCAAUAAUUUAGCCCAGGCACUAUACCGCCGUUCGUCGUCAGUCAGCCAUACUCUUGGAAUCAAUUCUGUUGCCAGCAGCAAAGCGAAGUUGGAAGAAUGCGAGGAGAGCACGUGGACGAGCGAGGUAUACGAUUGGCCGAUUUAUCGCAAUCACGUGAAACUCACGAGGUUGCCGGGUGGAGCAUGCGCACUACCCACGCCGGCACGGUCGCGCGCCGGCUUUAGCGGCGGGGUGAUGGGCCAAGUGGUGGGGGAAAGCUCGCGACCGGUAGGUGGCUAGGUGGUGGGGGAAGGAUCAUCGAGGUAGCGUGGGGAGAUCAAAGCGUUUCGUAUGUCAGACGUGAAGCGAACGUGGAGGUGGUCGCAUCGGGCGGACUAAACGUAUUUUUAUUACGGUCGCGCGUAUAUAUAUAUAUAUAAUACACACACACACGCACAUACAUACAUAUAUAGACACGAAAGUAACGAGAUAACCGAUAACACGCAUCUACAAACGUAAUAAUUUUUUCGAGGUACGAGAUUUUACUCGUGAUGUUGAGCCCGUACCAAAGGAUAAACGUCGACGUCCUAUCUGUAUUCUUCGUCGUCGUCGACACGUGAAAGAUUCGUACGACGACGAGGAAACGAAUUUUAACAACACGAUCGUUUUAAUUAAAUACACCAUUUUAUAUUUCUAUCGAUUAUAAUUUAUAUAUAUAUAUAUUUCUAUUUCCCUAAUCUACGAAAACGUGAGGAAGGGAAGAAAAACAUAAGGGGAAAAUAAAAGAAGAUUUUUCAAGUAAUUCUAUAGUGUAUUCGCACGUUAAAUAUACAACAACGCAAGAAAUUAUUCAUCAGAUAUAUCAUACAUGCAUACAUGUAUAUACAUAUAUAUAUAUAUACACAUAUAUAUCCUUCGAAAGAUGAAAUUGAUAAAUUCGAAUGAGAUAAUUGUCGCAUCGUGUUGUAGUUCUAUGAAACGUACUCCAAAGAAAUUUUAAUAAUAACAACGUCGACGCGUUGUCCACUGGGCCAAAGCUCUCCGGGGGAAAAAAAAAAACAAAAAAAAGAAGGAAAAGAAAAGCAAAAUAAGAAAAAAGAAUUACGGGAAAGCGUGAGAAAUAACGCGCUAGUUCGUGAGUGCGUGUGAGAGAGAAAGAGAGAGAAAGAAAGAGAGUGGAGCCUAGACACGUUUUACUAUCGGGAGAAGAUAUCGGAAAAUACAAUAUAUAUAUAUAUACACACAAUAAAUAUAUAUAUAUAUAUAUAUUUUCCUUCCAUUCAACGGCACCUUUGGCUACACCGGUCUCGCUUGACGUAAAGAAAUACACUCUCUCCUUGUCUAGCAAGACAAGACCAGCAGGCUCUUAUUCUCAUUGGAGCGUGCAAGACGAACGACCGAUCAAUCCAGAGAUUUCCUCUGAAACCGGCCCAACGACUCUCUAGAGAAGUCUACUAGACAUGCAGCCUAACAACCGGCAACCAGCGAUAGAAGUUUAUUAUACUCCUUAGGAACUGACAAAUUUAUAAUAUAAAUAAUUUAUAAUAUUUUAUAAUAAUAAAUCAUCUCGUAUGGCAAGUUCGUUGUUGAAUUCCUUUUAACGAAUGCCAUUGAACUCUAAAUAUAAAAAAAAAAUAUAUAUAUAUAUAUAUCAUUAAAAAAAAAAUAAAAAAAAAAAAAAAAAAGAAUGAAUUUGACUUAUGAAAUUUUCCCUAUCGUUCGACCUGCAAAAAAAAAGAAAGAAAGAAAGAAAGAAAGAAAGAAACAAAAAGGAAGAGAAAAAAAGAACAAAAAAAAAAAAAGAAAAGAAAAAAGAAAUUGGUACCGUGCGAGAUACGUGCCCGCGCAUCAUAUCAAAACAAAUUUGUUAAAAAAAACAUUUUUUUUCUUUGCCAUAUUUGGUCCUUGACAAGAUAUCUCAAUUUUUCAAGAUAAACGGGACACUCUGUAUAUAAACACACACACACACACACACACACACACACACACACACACACAGAUAUAUGUAACGAUUGAGAAAGUUUCUCGAGAUGGAUUCUUUCAGAUUCUAUAGAACGUCGAUUGUUUUCGAAAUGAUAAAAGAUAGAGACAAGUUGUAAAUAAAAUAUCAAAGGAAGUUUUAAGAGAAAACAGAAAAGAAAAAAAGAAAGAAAGAAAGAAAAAAAAAGAAAAGAAAGAAAGAAGGAAGGAAGGAAAGUUAUUGACAUUAGAUACUUUAUUAUCGAUAGAUCGACACGAUUGAAGAUCGCGAUUCUUUGAAAUAAACUUUGUCCUAUCUCUAUCGAAAUACCGACAUGAAGCUAAGAUAUUGAUGUCAUAAAUGUGUUCAAUCGUAAAAUACGCGAAAGGAAUCAUACAUCUAUCGAAUAAGAUCGAUAUCAGCCUACAUAUAUAUGUGUAUAUAUAUAUAUAUAUAUAAUGUAAUAUAUCCAUGUAAUAUCAUUGAAUAUACACAUACUGAAUCAUUAAUUAUAUUCAACAUAUUUAAUACAUAUAUUAAAAAAAGAGGGGAGAGAGAGAGAGAGAGAGAGAGAGAGAGAGAGAGAGAAUUUUAAUAUAUAUUUAUAUAUAGGGAGGAUUUAAAAAAUUUUUGGACAAUUUUAAACAUCGAUUCCAAGCUUUGUUAGGUUUAAUAAUUAGGCUUGUUAUAUUAUUUAAUUGAUGAGAAGAGAGAAAACGAUUAAAAGUAUUAUUAAAUCUUUUUUUUUUUUCUAUUUUUUUUUUUUUUACUUUUUCCUAGAGCAUUUUUGUUAGCCCACAAAAAAACUUUCGUUAGAUUCCAAUAUGCAAUAAAUGAAAUAUUAUAAUAAUUUAACAAAUUGUUUUCUAAUAUUCUUUCGAGAAUAGAAUCCUUUUUUCUUUUCCAUUCAAUCGUACUGAUGUUUGUCGAGAAAAAUUUCGAUUACAUGACAGUUCGACAGGUCAUGUACACACACACACACACACACAUUCUCUCUCUCUCUCUCUCUCUCUCUCUCUCUCUCUCUUUCUCUCUCUCUCUUUCUUUCUCUUUCUCUUUUUUUCUCAGUCUUUAUUAGAUCGAAGUUUCUCGUGAAGUUGGCACAGAAACUCUUUCGGUAUCUUUCCUUUUGAGAUUUGUCUUUGCACACGAGUCGAGUUUAUGCAUCGUUGUAACGUCGAAUAACAAAAAUUAUAUAUAUAUAUAUAUAUAUAUAUAUAUAUAUAUGCAUAUAUACAUAUAUACAUAUAUUUUUCUACGACGAAGCUAUUUCUACGGUAUGACCUCAACUUUGACCUUAUGACAUACUUUAUUCAAAGUGCACUAACUUAACGAUUGAUCCGACAGUUGGCGACACAUGUAAGCGAAAAGAAAAAUAAAAGAAAAAUAAAAAAAAUUAAAAAAAAAAACAAAAAAAUGAAUAAAUAAAU